CCACGAGCGUGCCAUUUUCAGUUCUGGAUUCACGGCAAGGACAGACUGACACUUUCAGCAUGAAGUCUUUUUCUUCCCCCGAGUCUCCCAGACAGAGGACCAUGAGAAGAGUCUCCAAGCCUGUGAUGGAGAAACGCAGACGGGAGCGGAUCAACCACAGUCUGGAGACAAUACGACUCCUGAUGCUGGAUAACACUCACUAUGAGAAUCUGAAGAAUCCAAAGGUGGAGAAGGCAGAGAUCCUGGAGAGUGUGGUCCAUUUCCUUAAGACAGAGAAGGAGGUGGAGAAGGGUCACCGGGCCGUGAGGAGAGUCCUGUCCAGAGAGCAGAGACCAGCCUCCGCCCGCCAGCACAACUACCAUGACGGCAUGAGGUCCUGUCUGCUGAGGGUCAGCCACUUCAUAGCCAGCAAGAGCCAGGGGUCAGAGGAGGCCGGUGGGGACACAGUUCAGGCUUCUCUUGCGCUCCCUGGCCCCCAGACACACCCUUCAUCUCCCGGACACAUCCACAGGGCACAGGUUGCUCUGUCUCCCCAGCAUCUGUCCCACCGUCACCGCCAGCACGGGAUCUCUCACCCAUACCUCACCCAGAGGACUGGCCUUCACUGUGACACCAGGGAGCUGCUCUCCUCUACGGCAGCCUGCACGCACAUCACUGAUCCAGUGUGGAGGCCCUGGCCGCAGUGA